AUGAUGCUGCUGAGCCUCUGCUCCCUCUUGCUUCUCUUCGGGGCGUCAGGUGCGCAGCCCGCCCUGUCGCCCGCCCUGUCGCCCGCCCUGUCGCCCGCCCUGUCGCCCGCCCUGUCGCCCGCCCUGUCGCCCGCCCUGUCGGAGCCGGCGUGCCCGUCCUGCGCCCUGGCGGCUCUGCACUCGGCGGGGGCGGGGCAGGGGGCGGGGCCCGGGCAGGACGUGGUGGAGGCGGUCAAACGCCACAUCCUGUCCAUGCUGCACCUGUCGCACCGUCCCAACAUCACCCGCCCCGUGCCCCGCGCCGCCGUCCUCAACGCCAUCCGCAAACUGCACGUGGGGCGCGUCGCCGAGGACGGCAGCGUGACCAUCGACGAAGAGGGCGGAGCCAAAGACGCUCGCCGCGGAAAAGACGCCGAGAGUCAAGACACGACCGAGAUCAUCACCUUCGCCGAAGGAGGACCUGGAGGUUCUGUGGACUUCGUUCUCUCGGCUGAAGCUUCAGGUUUGUCUCUGGUGGAACAGGCCAACGUUUGGUUGUUUCUGCGUUUGUCCAAAUCCAACCGCAGUCGCGCCAAAGUGACGAUCCGACUGUACCAGCCUCGGCGGCGCCACCUGCGGGCGGAGGCGCAGGGCGAGGACGUGCUGCUCGCCCAGAAGAACGUGGACACGCGGCGAAGCGGGUGGCACACCUUCCCCGUGAGCGCGGCCGUGCAGAGCCUCCUCUCCAGAGGCUCAGACGGCUCCACGCUCUCCGUGCGCGUGUCCUGCCCGCUGUGCGCCGACGCCGGCGCCAGCGUCGUGUUGGCGUCGGACUCCAGAGUGAGCGCGCGGGAACAGUCGCACCGACCUUUCCUCAUGGCCGUGGUGCGUCAGGACGACCUCUCCGACUCCAAACGACGUAAAAAACGAGGCCUGGAGUGCGACGGGAAAGUGCGGGUCUGCUGCAAACGCCAGUUCUACGUCAACUUCAAGGAGAUCGGCUGGAACGACUGGAUCAUCGCGCCCCCCGGGUACCACGCCAACUACUGCGAGGGCGACUGCCCGUCGCACGUGGCCAGCAUCACGGGCUCCAGCCUGUCCUUCCACUCCACGGUGAUCGGACACUACCGCAUGCGCGGGUACAGCCCCUUUCAGAACCUGCGCUCGUGCUGCGUGCCCACGCGGCUCCGCGCCAUGUCCAUGCUCUACUACAACGAGGAGCAGAAGAUCAUCAAGAAGGACAUCCAGAACAUGAUCGUGGACGAGUGCGGCUGCUCGUAAACGAGCUCAGGCCGCGGCGCCAGACUCAGACUCUUAAAUAAAACAGAUCUAAUAUAUUUUUGUUACGGACAAACUGAAAGUGUAAAAUAGUGUUAUUAUUUAUGAGACGAGCGCCGACGACUCUGAGGCGCCAAACUCAAACUCAAACUAUGCAACUUGUUUCCUUCAAAUGUUUAAACUUUAUCGACUUUGUUGACGACAGAUACUUGAAUGGAACAAGUUGGCCUCGCUGCUCCAACCAAACAUUUAUAAUUAUUAUUAUUGUCCAUGUUUCAUGUUUUUGCAUUUUUCUGUUCUUGGUUUGAUGUUUUUAAACGUUCAAAACGUUCUUUUUUGCACUAGAGCGAAGUUUAGCCUGGAGUCAGAUGAUGAGGAGGUUCACGAGCUGGAAACACGUGUGACCUUACGCUUCAUAUUUCUGUAUUUACUGAUCCACACGAAACUAAACGUGGCACAAAGUUCCGCCUCUUCUCUGUCGUCGAGUCGCAGAGACGUGAGCGAGUCUGACGAGCCCAAAGAUCAAGAAACAUCUGACAUCCAGAGCGUGAACACCUCCUGUAGAAACAGACGCUGAUAUCAUCGAGUAAACGACAUAAAACUGACAGAAAAUCAUCCAGAUACGAGACCAGACUAAAACCAGACUAAAACCAGACUAAAACCAGACUAAAACCAGACUAAAACCAGACUAAAACAGGACCAAACUCUCCAAACGCGAGUGGCACAAAAACAUCAAACCGUCAGAGUGAAAGUGUGAGGUUCAAACCUUGGGCCUUUUCACUCUGACGUCUGUUUCUGCGCCUCCAGUCGUGCAGAUGAUGAUUUUCUGGACGUUUUAGUGUUUUUAGGUUUUUAGUUUGGAUUUGUCACGACGCACCAACAGCACAGAGACAGUAUUCUACACGACCAACGACAGCCCCAAACCCCGAACCCCGAACCUCAAAUCUACCGUUUCACUGAACACAAACUACGCUCAUUUAUGACCAACAGUCAGAGCCCCAGAUCAAGUUCACCUGCCCUCGUGUCACUGGGCAAGAC